AGGGGGCGGGGCUCGGCCCUGAUGAGGGAGGAAGGGGAGGAGCCAGCCCAGGGAGAAGUGGACAGGUGCCACGGUUCUGGCCUGACUCGUCAGGAUCUGCUGGUCUGUGAGGAGCUGCUCCAGGACCAACCAUGGCUGUGAACAAGUGUGUCAAAUACUCGCUGUUCUUCUUCAACCUGCUCUUCUGGCUCAGCGGCUGCAUCAUCCUGGGCGUCGGCAUCUACCUUAAAGUUUCCAACGCUAAAAUCCCAGUGAUCCAGAACAUUCUUCCCAGCUUUGAGCUSAUGAUAGCCAUCGGCUCCAUCAUCAUGGUGCUGGGCUUCCUCGGCUGCUGCGGCGCGUACAAAGAGAGCCGCUGCAUGCUGAUCCUGUUCUUCAUCUUCCUCCUCCUCAUCUUCAUCCUCCUGCUGGUAGCGGGCAUCCUGGGAGCCGUGGGCGGCAGCAAGGUGAAGGACUUCGUGAAGACGGAGCUGGACAAACUGACGCCGCUUUCGCAACAACCGAAGAACGUGAUCGAGGACAUGGAGAAGAUGCAGCAGGAGGUAACCGCCAAAAACGGCUGAGCUUGUAGAGUUUUC